AUGUAUUGCCCAUCUGCUCACACUUCUAAAGCAACCUCGGCUUCCCCCAAACAGCCAUGCACUCUUGGUGUAGAAUUGGAGUUUGUCGCUGUUGUUCCAGACAAUUCUGAGUUCACAGCCCAUGACACCGUCUGGGAAGUCCUCAGAAAGCCCAUCUCGCUUCCCUGCCCCUACAAUUGUCCACAAGGCCAUCACGAACUUAGACUUCCCGUUGACAACCAGCCACCUUCCUACUGGCAACACCAUGACGACGACAACGAGUACAACACCUGGGUCGUUGGCAGAGACUGCAGUGUCCGUCUUUCCGACGAUGAAAAGCCCUUCUACCCAAACGAGUCCGUUUCCAGCGAUGUCGAGCUCCAAUGCCGUAUUCUGGACUUCUUCAAUCCUACCCCUUGCCCUCACAAUCAAGCCUGGCCCUGUAAUGGUCAGCCUCUAACCUGGAACUGGCGUGAUGAAAUUACUACCAUGAUCAACGCUCUAAAGCAAGGUUUCAACAGACCUGGCUUCAGAGUCUUCGCCAACGGAACUUGCGGUCUUCAUCUCCACGUCGGUCGCCACGAUCUCGGAUUCAACCUCGACACCACAAAGAAUGUCAUGGGUAUGUUCACAGCCCUCGAACGCUGCUUCGACGCCAUCCUCCCCAUCGACAGAAUCGGCGCUUAUGAAGACGACCGUUUUCCUCUACCCUCUCUGAUCUCCGCUAACACUACUGCCAUACAGCCCUGGAUACCGUCCAAAGGUUUCAACUAUACCAGCCCCAUGUCAGUUCGCCAAUUCGAAAGCCUGGCCAAUAGUGUCAUGAUCGCCUACGACAAGAGCGAUGUCAGUGAUUUCACCAAUGCGGUUAAGUAUGGUGCUUCUAUUCCCAUGUGGAUUCAUCAUAUCUACUCUUGUCGUACGAUGGCUGAACUUUGUGAAUACAGUCAUCCCCAUCAAUCAAGUGUGAACCUCCAACAUCUGGCUCCCCAAAACAAUUCCCCAGGCGGUUGGCCAGGAUCGCUGCCAAAGAAGACGAUCGAGUUUCGAUUGCAUACUGGCACGCUAGAUGUGGUUGAGAUUUGCGCCUGGAUAGAUCUGUUGUGCAGACUUACUGUUUACUGCGAGAACACUUCUACCACAACUUUGACAGCUUGGAUUGAAACUCAGUGGGAUAAUGCUGAUGUCACUCUUGUUGACAUUGCUAGAUUGGUUAAUGCUGCUGACUCGACUAUUAGACACUAUACCUCCGUCCUGCUAACCCCUGACUAUGCGACCAAUUUCUUCAACACAGCUACUACCUCCCAAGCCCCGGAUAUUCUUACCCCUCUAACCACCCAGGUCGAAAGCACCCGUCUUUCCCAAACCUGCCGCUCUGGCAUCUCUGCUCGUAUAACACAAAAACUAAUCUCUGGUAGAUAUGGCCAAUUCCCCAACAGUUUCCUGAAAAAGGUUCUACCCGCAGAGCUGUUGGAAGGAAAUGAUGGCAGGUACCUGAGCAACGAGAUGGAAGAGGAACAAAUGGAAGCAUGGGCCAGUGAGAUUGAAGAAAGAGCUAGAUUCGCAAUAGACGAGAGACAAAGGUGGGAUAGCAGAAGAGGUGCUUCUACUUGUUUGAACAAUUUGUUCGACUAG